CCACAGCCAACAGUUUCCUCCGGGUGAUCACAGAGCAAGCAAUCAGUCCGAUUUCAAUUCUCUCAUAAAGCAAAAAAGAAACCCAUUUCAGUAUGAAGAACACUGUUGCCAUUUUGCUGUGCGCCUUGCUGGGUCUGACCUCCGCCGCCGAGUACAAGCUCCGCACCGCCGAGGAUCUGCAGAACGUGCGCAAGGAGUGCGGCGCCACCAGCAAGGUGACCGAAGCCCUGAUCGCCAAGUACAAGACCUUCGACUACCCCGACGAUGAAAUCACCCGCAACUACAUCCAGUGCAUCUUCGUCAAAUUCGACCUGUUCGAUGAGACCAAGGGCUUCAAGGUGGACAACCUGGUGGCGCAACUGGGCCAGGGCAAGGAGGAUAAGGCCGCGCUGAAGGCUGACAUCGAGAAGUGCGCCGAUAAGAACGACCAGAAGUCGCCCGCCAACACCUGGGCAUACCGUGGAUUCAAGUGCUUCCUGGGCAAAAACCUGCCCCUUGUGCAGGCCGCCGUCCAGAAGAACUAGGAAAGGCGCGGCGCAGUUUCACGUCAAUUCUAUAAGCGCUAGAACAAACCGCCAUCGAACAAGGCGGGAUUUUCGAGUCGAAAUCCGCUCAGGCUCUGCAAUCCUACAAUUGAAAUAAAAACCAUAUAAUAGUGCUUGAA